AUGUGGAAGACCAAGGAUCUCACAAACUCACCACCGUGGGGGCCUCGCACCAAAAUUCUUUCCCCGGAAGAUCGCUCGAGAAUUAUCUCCGAAAAAUGCAAGUCCAUCAUCGGCGCCUAUCAUUUGACAACAGAAGACGUCUUAAAGGCCUCAGGGAAAUAUUGGGAGCUUUUUAACGACCCGAUUCUGUGCACGGACGUCACCGUCGGUCAUCUAAUAAAUGUUCACUUAAAUUUCGGCGUGUUCACUUUGGUGAAAUACACGAACUCCAGACCCGACAUCACAGAUCUUGUAGACAGACUUCUGAAGUACGACGUAUCAACCCACUACUUAACAAAGUGGUCGGCAUUGAAGUCAGGGACAACAGCUACGUUGAUGCCGGAUGGAACCCUCGAGCUACAUACGUCGGAAACAUUGGACACAAAGUUCGUACCUCCUCUCCUACUCACUGGCACACCGGUUGUCGCUGUACUCUUCGCUCGCCUCAUCGUCGCUGGGGAAGAUAGAGGGAACAAAGUAUUCGUAGCCAGCAUCAGCGAUGGUCUGAAAAUGGCGCUGGGGGUGGAGUGCAGAGGCGUUCCUCAACGAGGAGGCUUGGACCCAUUCAUCAAUUUCAGCCGUGUCCGACUCCCAGCGACGGCCUUGUUAUCGUUUCCAGAUAUGUCCCAGGAUUCUCAAAGAGCGUUCUUCGACGAUAUCACCGCCAUGAUACGAGGAUCCCUGUCAUUUGGGGCGAUGUCCAUCACUAGGAUGCGUAUCGCAGCCUACAUCGCAGGGAUGGCCAUCCUGAGGGAUACAUCGGCUCUGCCGACCGGCAACGUCAUCUCUCUGAGCCCACCGGUUUUUGCGGUGCUCACGGCGAUUGCACAGGCAUUCGUCUUUGCGCAUUUUGGUGAAGAAAUAAGGGUCUUGUUCAACAGCCUUGACGGGCAUCCCUUUCGACAGCAUUUUAUGGUCAUAUUGUUCAAGGAGGGUGCGGUCAGACGUACCUUGGAGAACAUUAUGCAACUUGCCGUCGGACAACAAGGUUUGCUGGAAGACAAUCUGAAGGAGAUGCUACUUGCUGAUAGAGCGAAUUCCAUUCGUUUCGCAAUGGAGGUGCUCUUCGGCCGAUUGGACCCGCCCAUGACCGCAAACCCAGAUUCCAUCCUGGCUAGACACGAGCUCUCGAUGAUUCAAGAUACCCGAAUACUCUUGUCAACGAAUCAGCAUCGCGACCCAGUCGGCCUCGCCCAUUCGUGCCAACGCUUGCUCGAAGCAAUCGCCCACCGUAUGGGAUGCGAGGCUGCUAUCGCGGCCAACGUUGAUGGACGCCUGAUCGAGCUUUUCAAAGCGAGUAUUAUCAAGCUUGAUCCAAGUUGGUAUGCGGAGCGAGGAGGCAUGACGAGAGUAAAACAGGCGGAGGUGGAAAAAGCCGCUGCUGAAGGGUUGUUGCCUCAGCUUCCAGGGUUAUUGCAUAGGCUGGAGGUCGAAAGAUACUCCAUGGCCAGCAGUCCAGAAAAGGGGAAAGAUAUAAAAAGUCGACUGUAA